UGUAGUGGGUUUGCUCUAGGCCUAUUUAUAUAUGUCAGAAUUAUCAAAUGUUUCACAUCCAAUCGCCGAUAAUUAAUAAACUAAUGUGCUCUUGUGGUGUCGAUAAACAAAACCAAUGUUAAUUGUCACCGGUAGCGUGGUGCAGUACACGCACACCCAGCGACAUAAACCUGCGUAUCAUCACGUCAUUACGUACCCAGCUGCCACGAAUACACAACAGCUGAUCGAUAUUAGCCACCACGUGACCAUGUCGACAAUUAUAGCCUAGCUUUGUCUGCGACCUGGGUUUUAAAACUCAUUAGGAUCGAUGCGUUAAUAUUCGUUAAUAAGUUGGCGAUAGAAAGAGAGACGGAGAGAGGCCGCUUGAAUUAAAGGCACACCGCAGCGUGAUAUCCCGGCGUUUCAUUAAGGCCCCGGUCAGAGAUAUCUCUUUUGACAGCAAAGCAUGGACUAACAAACACAGCCCACUGUUAUCGUCUGCUUUAUUUAACUUGCAUUCGCUCCACCAGUGUGAUUUAUGUUUACUGUCGACAAUUUGUCCAACAACUGUCAACACAGUCAACACAGUUCUUAAUACCGAAAAAAAAAAAGAAGAGUGAAGAAAGAAAGCAAGAAAGAAAGAAAGAAAACCAAUAAGGAAAAUUAAACGGAAAAAAGAAAAAAAGGAAGAGGUGAACCGAAAAAAAAAAUUGCAUUAAAAGUCAACACGAAACAGAAGAAAAUAGGGUUGGAUUAAGAAAUACAGCCUACUACUAUCAUCUGCUUUAUUUAACUUACAUUCGCUCAACCAGUGUGAUUUAUGUUUACUAAUCAACUGUCAACAUAGUUCUUAAUAUCGCAAACAAAAUAAAAAGAAAGAAAAAAGAGAAGAGAGAAGAAGAAAAAAGAAAAGAACAAAAAAAGGAACAUAAAAAGGAAAAAAGAAAAAACGAAAGAAAGAGAGAGGUGGAAAAAAUGCAUUAAAAUUCGACACGAAACACUGAAGAAAAUAGGGCUGGAUUAAGAAAUACAGGCUUACUACUAGCAUCUGCUUUAUUUAACUUACAUUCGCUCGACCAGUGUGAUUUAUGUUUACUAUCGACAAUUUGUCCAACAAUUGUCAACAGAGUUCUUAAUACACAAAAAAAAUAAAAAAAUAAAAAUAAAUAAAUAAAAAAAAGGUGAAAAAAAAGAGGAAAGAGACAAAAAAGAGAGAGGUGAAAAAAAAAGUCGGCAUUAAAAGUCAACACGAAAAACUGUACAGAAAAUAGGCCACUACCGGGUGUCGCAGUCCAAGAGCGCUAGCCAGAACGGGGCAAAGUGCCAAGUACUGGAUACAUAUCUAAGUAUAUACAUAUCCAUGUUUAUAUACACUUGUGUAUAAGCCAAGUGUGGAGGCCUCAAUAAUACUGAGCUGUCAUUUCGUACACACACACACACACACCUAUAACAAGCAGUAGCUGAUUUGUCUGGUGAACCAUAGCAGCUACAUAGGAUAAAAGGAUUUUCUUUUUCUUUUUUUUUCUUUUUUCUUUUUUUCCGGCUUUACCCAGCCCCGACCGGAGAGGUGUGUUAUUCUUUAUAUACGGUGACAUAGCUGGAGAACGAGGAAAUAAAACACAGAGUAUAUAUUGGUGAUACGAGUCUCUUCGAAGUGGACAGCGGGUGUGUGCGAGUGUGUGUGCGUGGAUGUGUGUGCUUCUAGUCGAAUCGUAUAGAUGUUCGUCUCAUGUUAGUUCCAUAUGGGAGCCGUGAGCUGCAGGUGAUCGAUGGAGACCGUGGCGAUCGACAUGGCUGAUAACUCGGGUAUCCAGGCGCACCUCACCCCGGCACACCUUCUGCCGAAAAUCAGCAUGGAACAAAUGAGGAAGUUGGAGGUGAAUUUCAAACAGAACCGAAACCCGUCCGAGCUGGAAAUAUGCAUAAUAUCUGCGGAGGUGGGAAUUUCAGAACAAGACACCAAGAAAUGGUUUGAGCAUCGGCUUGCUUGCUGGCGCCAAUCGCAGGGCCUUCCAGCCAACAGCCGAUCAGUGAACGACUGACGUCGUCAUCGUCAUGACUUCGCUACAACCGCGACGGACGCCUCCCUGCUGCACUGUGAUCUUUAAACUUCAGGACUCGGCGUUUGAAUUCGAACGAACGCUAUGUAACAUUGAUGGCUAACGUUAUUCUUUGAUAUGUGUUAUACUGUAUAUUGCAUGUUUGGCACUUAGUUUUUUUGUGUUCGACUGGAAGGCAUGUUUUUAUAUAAAUAUUCAUCUUAUUCAGAUAUCAAGAACAAAAAGAUCGCUUUAAUGAUUUAUGUAUGUAUUAAUCAGGACAGCUUGCAGUGUGGUUCAAGUAAACAUACUCUGGCAGGAACUAUUACAGUUGUCGUCACAGGAGAUCUGAGGAGGAAGUAGACACCUAAACCACUUUCUCAAAAUAACUUUUGUAGUAAUAAUCAGACAAACUGUCCCAGUAUUAUCCUUCUCUCUCUCUCUCUCUCUCUCUCUCUCUCUCUCUCUCUCUCUCUCUCUCUCUCUCUCUCUCACACACACACACCAAUAUUCCGUUUGUCCUUUGUAAGCUGUCUCAAGUCUUAUCACAAUUAAAAAGAUUUUUUACAAAAUUCGUUAAGUCUAAAAUGUGGGCAAAUAGAGCUAACCACAUUUAACUGUGUAAGAUUACAUGGACAGUGGUCAUACUAACCUCUCGCGAAAACCCAAUAUCAUCAUUAUUUUGAAAUUUACGAGUUCAUGCCAUCACAGCUAUGUAUAUAUUCCACUGAGAUCUGAUUUGAUUUAUUAAACCUGUCAUAUGAAUGGCAGUCCUCCUGCAGGCGGCGCAAGAAGGGUGUAACGUCGUGCAAAGGACAUCUCGAGGAGUGGCAGUCCUCAUAUUGACGAGGCACAUGGCAUCGAUUCAUGGAAACAAUCACGGCUUUGUGAAAAUACCCUUUCGGCUCUACCUUAUGUAGAGAUACGAUUUUCAUUGCGGAAGACGGGUUCGUCGUUAAAACAACCUAGUUGUUUGAAACCUCUAACUCUUCUUUUAUCUCAAAAUCACACCUCGUGAACUUUUAAAAUGAGUUUUAUAAAAGCUCUCUUCCAUUCUGUUUCUCGGUAUUAAUGUGUACCCGUGAAUCAGUACAGUUGCCCUUGGGGACUGAAAUAGACUGAAACACGAGACAUUGAUGUAUGACGCGAGGAAAGUAACACGUGGAUUAGCGCGUCAACAGUCAUUACCUGGUAAAUACCACUAAAUACUGAUCGUAUAUCAAUCGAUUAUAUUGUCAAUUUUUUGUUCACGUCCUUUUAGUACAUUGCACCUACAACAUUAAUUGGUGGUAGUCAUGGGACAGAGCAAAUAGACUCAAGUAUACGGAAUCUCCAAAACGUGUGGUAAUGUUUUAUUGAGUAAAGACGUUAACAGAUUUUAAUUACCACGUAAUGAAAUGUUUUAGAUGACUUGUUAGAUGACUUGUUAAAUGAUCUGGGGGCGGGAUUUAGCUCAGUUGGUUGAGUGCUCGCUUGAGGUGCUUGCGUCGCAGGAUCGAACCACCUCGGUGGAUGCAUUUAGCUGAUUAGGUUUUUUCUCAUUCCAACCAGUGCACCACAAC